UUCUCAAAACGUGUGCAGUAAGCUGAACACUCGCCGGCGUUGUGAAGAUUUUUACGCGUUUCACUGAUUUUCUGUAACAUAUCUUUUUACAGUCGACCAAGACGAUAAAACACAAUGUUUCGUGCAUCGAGUAUCAUACGUUCCACCCUUGGAAAGCAGUUGAAGUCUUCCGUGACUGUGCGAACAUACGCCAAGGAAGUGAAGUUUGGCAGCGAGGCACGCGUUGGCAUGCUAGCGGGUGCUAACUUACUGGCAGAUGCCGUGGCUGUCACCAUGGGACCAAAGGGAAGAAAUGUGAUCAUUGAACAAAGCUGGGGAAGCCCCAAAAUAACCAAAGAUGGCGUCACUGUAGCCAAGGCCAUUGAACUGAAAGACAAAUACCAAAACGUAGGCGCCAAGCUGGUCCAAGAUGUCGCCAAUAACACAAAUGAAGAGGCUGGAGAUGGCACCACCACCGCUACAGUUCUUGCCAGAAAGAUUGCCCAGGAAGGCUUUGAGUCCAUUACAAAGGGGGCUAAUCCUGUGGAGAUCAGAAAGGGUAUGAUGAUGGCAGUGGAGACAGUGGUGAACAAACUGAAGUCAAUGUCCAAACAAGUGACCACUCCAGAGGAGAUAGCACAGGUGGCAACAAUCUCAGCCAAUGGGGACAAAGCUAUAGGGGAGCUCAUCUCCAGUGCUAUGAAGAAAGUGGGGAAGGACGGAGUCAUCACGGUUAAGGAUGGCAAAACGACCCAGGACGAGUUGGAAGUCAUUGAGGGACUGAAGUUUGACAGAGGCUACAUCUCUGCUUAUUUUAUGAACUCCUCAAAAGGGGCUAAGUGCGAAUUUGCAGACUGCCUGAUUCUGUUCAGCGAAAAGAAAAUCUCCAAUGUUCAGACGAUCAUCCCAGCUCUAGAACUGGCCAAUCAGGCGAAGCAGCCGCUGUUGAUCAUCGCAGAAGAUGUGGAUGGUGAGGCUCUGGGUGCCUUGGUGUUGAACAGACUGAAGAUUGGUCUCCAGGUGUGUGCAGUGAAGGCACCAGGGUUCGGAGACAACAGGAAGAACACACUAAAAGACAUGGCGGUCGCCACAGGUGGCAUCGUCUUUGGCGACGAGGCAGAGUUAUACAAACUGGAAGACGUGCAGAUCCAUGACCUUGGUAGAGCCGCAGAGGUCGUGGUCACGAAAGAUGAUACCUUGAUUAUGAAGGGUCAUGGAUCCAAAGAAGCCGUGGACAAGAGGGUUGAACAGAUCAGGGACGAGAUUGAGAUGACCAACUCAGAUUAUGAGAAAGAGAAACUGAAUGAAAGAGUGGCCAAGCUGUCCAAUGGGGUCGCAGUAUUGAAGAUUGGUGGCUACAGUGAAGUAGAAGUAGGAGAAAAGAAGGACAGAAUUAACGAUGCUCUAAAUGCCACUAGUGCCGCAGUGGAGGAAGGAAUCGUCCCUGGUGGUGGCACUGCCCUCCUUAGGUGUAUUAAAACACUGGACUCUCUCUCACCUGGCAAUAACGAUCAAAAGACAGGCAUUGAAAUUAUCAGGAAGGCUCUGCGCGUGCCAGCACAUGUUAUCGCACAGAACGCAGGUGUAGACGCAGCGCUCGUCGUGGAGAAGGUGCUGAAUCAAGAAGGCAGCAUGGGUUACGACGCAAUGAAUGGCGAAUACGUGGACAUGAUUGAGAAGGGAAUUAUUGACCCAACAAAGGUUGUCCGAACAGCUUUGGUAGAUGCAGCAGGAGUGGCCUCAUUACUGUCAACAGCCGAGACUGUGAUCACUACACUACCUGAGAAAGAGACUGGCCCUGGCAUGGGUGGCAUGGACGGAGGAAUGGGUGGCAUGGGAGGAAUGGGCGGAAUGGGUGGCAUGGGAUUCUAGAAAACAAAGACUGAUUCCUUUAAUUAAAAAAAAAGCAUUGAACAACUAAAGAGGCUCUUUUAAUACUUUGCUAGAGGGUCACAAAAUGAAGUAUCUGAUUGAGGAGACUUUUCAGCCAGCUGUCAGAUGUGUCUUUUGUGUACUGUCUUGAGGGAAGAGACCUCUAUGGUUGAGAAUUGAUGGACCUUGGAGAAAGGAGAGGCCAAGCUGUUAAUACUGCAAAUUUUUUCUUACCCAUUUCUCGUCAUUGGAUCAUUCUGCAAACUACUUUGAUCAUCUGAGCAUAAGACUAGCUGAGUAAUGGAGGGAUUUAUUCAUGUUUUAAUCAGAUCAAAUGCUAUCUUCAAGAACAUUGCACAAGUAUUCAACAGAGAAAACUUGCUUGCUCAAAACUUAUGUAGUUUUAAGAACCAGGUAGACUGUAACUGUAGACUAUGUCCUUAGAGAUCAGGAAGGCAGACUUUCCCAUUUGUAGCACAUUGUUGAGUCAACCACUGGUAUAAAAUGACAACAAAGGGAGAUUUCCUUGACAGUGUUAGUUUGGUGUCUAUUAAUAUGUUCUUAAAAUUAAAACAUUUUCAUGAAACAAAGUUUUGUUUACAAAACCGUAAAAGGCAAUUCAGAAUAUUGGAUUUAGAUUUCUGUUCCUCUGAGAAAAAUAUAUAACAAUAUAUAAUCACAACUAACUGACAUUGAUAUAUCUUUAAGAAAUAAACUGAGGAAAUAGGUAUGAAGGUAGAAAUUGUGUUCAAUUAAAUAGUCUGCAUUAGCAUGUACUGUAUGUGCAGAAUUCUUCCAAGUUUUUUCAAAAAACCAUGUAUAGCCAGGUUCUGUUAUCUGUACCCUGUAUUCAUUAAGGACAGUAUACAUUUCAUCAUGCUUGUGGUACUGUAACAGAAACGGUUAUAUUGGGUGCCUAAAAUGUAUGAAGAUUUUGAGCCAGUGUGUCUCCUCUAUUAAGUUUUCAUCUGUGGUAGGAAGAUAGGAGUAUCUUGCUGCUUUCACAGCUUUUGUACGAAGUAAAGUCUGCUCUUUUGCCUUUACUAUAGUAAAAACUGCCAAUGUUUCACUGCCUGUAUUGAUGCUAUG